AUGAGUAAAGAUAUAACAUCAAUGAUAGGAAAGAAGAUAUCAAAACCUGUUAAAGCUGCUACUAAGUCUGUUAUUGAAAGUGAUAUAAUAAAGAAGAAAUUGGAUACUGAUAUAUUGUUCAAUUUUGAUAAACAUUGGUCAACGAAGGGCACUUAUUUAAUAAAAAAUAUUCCCAAGGUAAUAGAGUUUGAUAGUAAACUAGUGAAGGUUGCUGCUUUCGAUCUAGAUGGGACGUUAAUAAAUACCAAAUCAGGUAACAAAUUUGCUACAUCUGCUUCUGAUUGGAAAUGGUUUAAUGAAUACGUCAUACCAAUGCUUAAAAAACUACAGGAUUAUUUGAUUGUAAUUUUCACGAAUCAAGGUGGUGUUGUUUCUAAACCUGAUAGUAAAAGCUAUAUUAAAUUUAUUGCAAGAUUGAAUUUGAUAGCUAAGGAACUAGAGACGGAACAGAUAGAUAUAAGGCAUAAUUUAUUCGUUUAUGCAUCACCUAAAAAACCAGCAAAAGAAACUACAAUUCAUGAUUACCACGCUAAGAUGAGGAAACCGAAUACUGGGAUGUGGGAAGAGCUUAAGUCUGAUUUACUAGGAUAUGAAGUUGAUUUGGAGCAUAGUUUCUUUAUUGGUGAUGCUGCUGGUCGUAAAUCUGACUUCUCAAAUUCUGAUUUACUAUUUGCAAAACAUAUAGGUAUUGAAUUUAAGACUCCAGAAGAACUAUUUAAAGAUAAUAUAGAAACGAGCUCGGAUCAGAAUGAAGCAGCUUGA